AUGAAUUCUUGGUCUGAUCCGUCUGCCUUGACGAAUAUUAGUGGAUUUCAAUCAAAUAUACUUAAUUUUUCAGAUCCUUUAUUAAAUCAAAUAAUAACAUCAAAGAAAGCAUUACAAUUAUUGGAAUCUAAUCUUAUAACGUCGAGUAAUGAUGAUUCAGAGGGAGAAGAAUCAAAAGAUAAAUCUAUAAUUGAAUUACUAUUAAGCUCAUGUGAUGGAGAUGUUGUCACACUAGAAAGUAUACUAAAAUCCAAUCCAGAAUUAGUAAAUAAAUUGUAUCCAACUAAUGAAGCAGGAGUUACUCCAUUGGUUUAUGCUAUAUGUUUCAAUAAUGAUGAUAUUGUCAGUUCCUUAUUAGAAGGUCAUGAUGCCGAUCCUGACGUUGCUGAUACAAUUAUAAACUACACUCCAUUAAUGUGGGCAGUUUAUUUAAAUCAAUUAGACACAAUAAAAUUAUUACUCAAUUACCAAGCUGAUCCAUAUUUUUCACCAAAAGAUGAUGGUAAAAAUGCUAUAACGUUGUUAAAUCCUGAAAAGCAAGAGAUCAUAGAUUAUUUUAAGUCUCAUAAUGUGUUAAAAAAUGCAAGUAAUAAUGGAGAAGAACAAGAUAUAUUCACAACAAAUACUUUUAUACCUAACGAGAUUGAAGAUGAUCUAACGAAUAAGUUUAAAAUGCAGACAUUAUCAGGACAAAUUGAUGAAGAUGAAGUUGAACAUGUUUAUGAAAAUGAUGAUGAAUAUAUAUUGGCUCAAGAUCCUGUGAUACCAAGAUUACCUGAUUUUGAGUAUGAAAAAUUAUUACCAGAGCAAUAUAUUAAAUUUACAGAUAGCGAUAUACCUUCAUUAAUUGAUUAUAUUUUUAAUCUCAGAUCAAAUACUAAUUAUCAACAUAAUGCUAGAUUGCCAGCUGCAAUAGUAUUUCAAUUAAUACGAUAUGCUCAUUUGAAAGUAGAGUCAAAAGAAUUAACAGAUUUCUUAUUUGACUGUUUUACAGCUCGUUUAAGAACUGUGACAAAUACAAAAUCGGGAGCUUUCAACAUGGCAUUACAAGAAGAAAAUGCAAAAGGAGCUGGAGAUAUAGUGCUAUUGAGUUAUUGGUUAUCAUCAUUACAAUAUUUACAUUUUUAUUUUAUCAAAAACAAAUUUUAUACCGCCUUUCCAAGAUUUUUACAAGAAAUAAUCAAUUUAGCACAAUCAUUAAUUGCAACUUUAUCAUUUUCAAUAAAUUCGAGAUUGAACUUAUUGGUUAAUGACUGUAUUUUAAAUUUCACAAGUUUAAUAGAUGUUUCAAAUACAUUAUAUGCAAAAGAUUGGAAUUUAUUCAAGAAGAACAAAAAACAUCCAAAUAAUUUUGAUGACAUUUUAAACACAUUAAAUCCACCAACUCAAGAUGAGUUGAUGAAACCUUCACCUAUAAGAUAUAUACAAGUUUUAGGUGCAUUAGAUUACGUCCUAAAAAUUCAUAAUGUUGAUAAUUUAUUUCGAGUACAAACUUUUUCAUUAGUAUUCUAUUACAUCGAUUGUAUAAUUUUUAAUAACAUCAUAAGUCAAAGCAAGUAUUGUACAAGAUCAAAAGCUAUUCAACUUAGGCUUAACUUAUCGGCAAUAGAAGAUUGGUUACGCUCCCAUAACUUAAAAUUUCAAAAACCUGAAAAAAUUGGUGGCUUAAGUCAGCUAGUAAUUAUAAGUCUUAACAAUUUAUUAAGUGAUGAUAAGUCAUUACUGAAAAAAGACCCUCAAAACUUGGAAUUUUAUUAUGAUUCAUUAUAUCAUGUUUGCAAAAAUCAAUUACAACCGACUAUAGAAUUAUUACAAUGGUUACAAUGUAUGUCAUCCUUAUCAGAUGAAGAAAAUUUAAUCAAAACAAUAAAUCAAUUUGAUUAUUUGAAUUAUUAUCAAAUUUUUAAAACUGUAAACAAAUUAUACAAAUAUGAAGUUGAUGAACCGAGAUUACCUAAAAAACUUGUCAAUUUUAUCAAGUCUUUGAUGAAUGAGCAAGGUGAACAACAAAUUCAUAAAAAUUUUCAACAUUAUAUGACACAAUCAACUUAUUUAACAAAAGAAGUAUAUGUUUAUCUUAACCCAAAUUUUAUAUUUAAUAUAGCAUUGCCAAACUCAUCGGAGUUAAUUAAUAGUUAUGGAGCUGGAAUUGGUGGUGUGAGUGUCUUAAGAAGUAAAAAAUAUCAGCCAUCAUUACCAAUUAGUGUUGUUGACGAUAUUGAUGAAUUACUAACGGAAAAUAAAAAUGCGGGACUCAAUGACACUUAUGAUUAUGAGGCUGAAGAAGUGCAAGAAGAAGAUGACGAUGAUGAUGAACUUGAAAAUAAUCAACAUGAGUUAAAACCAAAGACUGUUAAAGACGAAAAAUUCAAAGGAGAUGAAUUAUUCAAAAGUGUUCAAAUGCCUAACUCUCUUUUACAUAGGAAUUGGGGUGAUGAAGAAAUUGAAUCUAAUCCAUGGUAA